GAGAGAGUCCGGGAAAUGAAAACUCUCAUUGGUUUGACGCUGUCUCUCCUUGCGGUCAGUAAUGCUACGAGGUGCUCAGAUGUUGCUGGAACGCUCAAGCAACUUGAUGCUGGGAUUGGGAUGGUAUUCGGAGUUAAUCAUACAGGCUCCAUAUACACCAGAGUGGGAAACUCCUGGAUCCAGCUCCCUGGAAAACUCAAACACGUCACUGUGGGUCCGGCAGGAAUCUGGGGAGUAGAUCAGGAUAGGAGGAUCUACCGACUCGUUGCUGGAAACUGGGUCUCCUUCUUUGGGGUAACUUGGCUUGAGGAGGGGGCGGGGCGGGCCGAGGGGGCGGGGCGGGGGCGAAGGGGAGGACGGAGCCUGUCAGGCUGUGAUGGGACGGAAGCUAAUCCCGCUCCCUCCUCCCUCCCAGAUGGCAAACUGACGCAGCUGGACGCCGGCGGGGACCAGAUCGUGGCCGGCGUGGAUCAGUUCGGCUCCACCUUCUGCAUCGGCCCACAGGAGCUGGCCAGCGCCGUCAUCAACAGGUCCGCCUCCUUCAGCAGCAUCGGGAGCCGGAUGCGGUAUUACUCCUGCGGGCCGCUGGGCUGCUGGGGGGUGACGCUCGCCAAGGACGUCUACUACCGGCUCAACGUCAAACCCUCCGCCUGCAUCGGCACCAGCUGGUCCCGCGUCUUCGGAAAGUUCCAGAACAUCGAGGUCGGCAGCGACGGGCGGGUCUUCGGGAUCAGCGUCACCCGGCAGCUCUACACCCGGAAGGGUGUCACCGUCAACCGACCCACCGGGUGGGGCUGGACCAAGAUAGAGAUCGGAAACCUGCGCUUCAACCACGCGUCGUGGGACCUUGGACACCUCUGGCUUGUGCGGGUUGAUGGGAAGAUUGUGAAAUGCUCAAGCGAAGACAUCGACUAACUCUGAGUGCUCCCUGGCCCCAUCGGUCAAAUGUGACAUUCCCUGUAGCCUCGGCCGGCUGUUUCCCUACAGGCUGGUGGGGGGGUGGGCCCCCACUGACUUGAUCUCUGUGGCACCUCCGCAGCAAAUUUCUCUGCCGGUGUGGAAAACCGUGAAAUGUUCGGCAACCCUCUGACCAAUAAAAUGGGACUUGAGCGCU